AUGGAAGCCAAGAGCCCGUCUUACAAACCUCUCAUGUCUACGGACAGCCGAGACUCUGAGUCUGUAGAGGACUUUGGCGACCAUCAGAGGGGCGGAAGAGGUUUUCUGCAGCGCUUCCGCUGGUUACAAUGGAAUCAACAAACUACAUCGCGGAUUCCCAGUUUCUUUGGGAGUUCCCUCGCUGUUCUCAGUAUCCUCAUCCUUAGUAUGGUUUUCGGUUUUAUAUUUUCUGUCUUACGCGCUCCGAGCGAUCAGGACUGUGCGCGCCAACUGUCCAUGUGGUCUCCUGCACUUGAUGCUGUCGAGUACGUCUCAAUGGACUUCAACGACGCUUUCAAUUCAACCAGCAUUUACCGUGGUCUUCCGACUCCGGAGAGAGAGCAAGCCUGGUUCGACCUUACUUACAAGCACGCGGUCGAAAUCCCCCCUGAGAGACUUUCAGGCCUUAAUCGGUCUGAAGAGGAUCAUCUCAAGCACGUCCCCGAAGAGGUAGGCGAUGGUUAUGUCGCACUACUUGAAGUCUUCCACCAACUCCAUUGCUUGAACAUGGUUCGGGUGUACACCUGGUGGCAGGUGGGCAAAUAUGACAAGCCCCCAGUCGGGCUAUCGAACGACCCCUUGAAGAACCGGAUACACGUUGAUCACUGCCUGGAAGCUCUGCGCAUUUCACUUAUGUGCUUUGCUGACGUCACCCCACUCAUGGUUCGCCUAGGUGGACCUGCGGGUGCACGCGCAGACUUCAACACGCACCACAAGUGUAGAGAUUUUAACAAGAUCUCAGACUGGAUUGACGACAAUUGGACAGUUAGAUAA